GCAGUUUCUCAUGCCCUUCAAAAACCCUUCUCAACAUUACGUAAUCCUCGAAGAAACUUACUUAUAAACAAAAAUUUUAGAAUAAUACGACAAAUUCAAACACCAUAAUUUUCAUGAUGGAGAAGAUCAAAUCAAAGAUUGAGAGUAACAAACGGAGGAGAAGACAAGAGAUGGUAACGGAGACAGAGAUGGAGGCUGCGCAACAGUUGAUGCAUUUGAGCGACGAAGAGAUCAGUAAUCUCAAUAUCAUCAAGAAGAACAAGAAGAAGACGAUCGAGGACAUCUUCGGCGUAGAUGAUAUUCAUGAUGAUGAAGAUGAUGAUCAAUGCAAGAAGGAAACGAUGAUUUUGAGAGUAAUGUCAUCGAAGAAGAGGAAGAAGUAUAGGACGAUUGAGAGCAUUUACAUGGCCACGAGACCUAUCAGGGUCGUGAUUAGAUGAUCAAACAACUCUCGUUAGGUUUGCAGUUUAAGUUUUUUUUUAUAAAAAAUACAGUACUAUGGUUUCAUGAAUAUUUAGAGAUAUUUAAGUAUUUUGUAAUUAGUUCUAAGCAUAAAAUAUUUUUUUAUCAUUUUGAGAAAGGAAGAAACACACUUGGGUUUUAAUCAUAGUUUACAUUAUUUUAUGACUUGAUGAUGCUAUACGAUCGAUCGAGGAUGAUAAGGUUCGAGGGAGCAAAAAGAUCAAAUGAUUAUGAUCUAUGAGUCACGGCUUUCUUGUUUCUUCAAAUAAAAACAAAACAAUCUUAGAACGCGUGCAAGUAUUAUUCAUGUAUAUAUUUUUACGCGUAUUGGGUAUUCUCUUUCACGAUUCACACUCUUAAGUUUUAUUAACAAAAGAAGAAUUAUACUCA